UAAAUAUAAUCUAUUAAAAAAAAAAAACAACACGGUUGGUAGACAGCUGCACUGCAUGUAAUCCCUCUCCAUGGGUUUUUAUGAUUUAAAAGGGACUAAAGUUAACGUAUUUAUUUAUUGUUGGCCCCUGUUGCAGAAAUAUACUCAACAAAAUGUACAAAUCAGCAAUCAAUAUGAAAGUUCUAUUUCUACAUCUUUUAAUUGGCUUAAGAGGGAGACAUGCUGUAUAUUCCACUCUAAGGGAUAAAGGUUUCCAGUAAGCUUAGUUCAUUUCACUUGGAAAUCUCUGGAGCCUCAUAUGGUGCUCUGCUCGGUAAGCCUCUUAGGAAUCACAGUGCCACAGCAGAUGUAGGGAGAAUGCCAAUCAGGAGCUCCUGCUGAGCGGAGAAACCCGACGGCUGUGCCACUGCUCGCUUCAAAUCUCUGCCACGGUUCUCACGAAACACAGCCAAAUAUCGUCAGAGGCGCUUUAUGCUUAUGCUUUGCAGUUUACACACUUAAAACAGCAGCAGAAACUCGUGAGCUGUCAUGGAGAUGGAGCGCGCAGGGAGUCUCCAACGAUUCUGAACCGACAGAAAACAAAUCCGUGUUUUUAUCUGAAUGCAGAGCCAUGCUUCCUCAGGAUGUCGGGAAGCAAAAGCCAUGUCGUGUGUCGGAACCGAUGUGCGGGAUGGACAGUCCCCCGGUCCCAAUUCGGCGCUUAAAGAACCGGGACUUCCCUCUGAACGCGAAGCGCCGGCGGCCCGGGUCCGCACCUGAGCGCAAGGUGAACUGCGUCCUGGUUGGAGACGGAGCGGUGGGCAAGACCAGCCUCAUUGUCAGCUACACCACCAACGGAUACCCGACACAAUAUGUUCCAACAGCGUUUGACAACUUUACCGUGAUGGUUGUGGUCGACGGAAAACCAGUGAGACUGCAGCUCUGUGACAUGGCUGGACAGAAAUGGGGGCUGGUUGAUGGACCAAUCAAUGACGAGCUGGAGCGCCUCCGACCUCUGUGCUACAAGAACGCCGAUGUCUUCCUUCUCUGCUACAGCGUGGUGCGUCCCUGCUCUUUCCGCAGCCUUAUGGAGAAGUGGGUUCCUGAGAUCCGUCAGCACUGUCCCACCGCGCCCCUGGUCCUUGUCGGCACCCAGUUGGACCUGAGGGAGGACGUCCAGGUGCUGAUUCAGCUGGCGCAUAACCAGGAGCGGCCGGUGGGCACGGAGGAGGGCCAGCAGCUCGCCCAGGAGCUUGGGGUGGUGAGCUUUUCAGAGUGCUCUGCGCUGACCCAGAAGAACCUGAAGGACACCUUUGAUUCAGCCAUCUUGGCCUGCAUCCAACAGACAGACAGCUGUGGCGUCCAGCAACAGAGCCAGACUCUGAGGAAGAAGACGCCUGAUAAGUUCAAGAGCCUCUCGGAGACCUGGUGGAGGAAGAUCAACUGUCUGAUUGUCGAGCAGAGCUGUGACUUGAAGUGAACAGCUGCAUAAUUACAAACCUGGGUCAGAUCAUUUUUGCAAAUACUUAAAUUUGGUUUGUUUCAGCCUGCUGGCAGAAGGUGCCAGAUGGGUGGGGAGAGACAACAAGCUCCAGAAAGAGCUCAGAAAUGCAGGUUUGUGACUCACAACGUGGCUGUUCAUGUCCCCAGACUGACAGGAAAAGUGUGGGUGGAGAACUCUGAUUUUACACAUCAUUUUCAGUUUACUUGUAUCGAGGAGAAUACACAGUCUGUGAAGACAAAAUGUAUUCUGUGGCUCUGUAGAAGCUUUCGAAAGACUGACAGCUGCUCACUUGCGUAAGACAUUAAAGGCACACUAUGCAAGAUUUGUCCCUUAAUAUAACAGCUUCAAAGUCAUUUUGAUGGCAAACGAACUUGUAGUAGGGCGAAU